UAAUCUCCAACAAAAUCCGUCUCGCCCGGCAUGGUAAGCCCCAGAUUCAAGACUCGAUAUAUCAUGUAACUCAUCAUUAUAGUUCAAUUAUAUUAUAUACGAACUGUUUUCUCUGAUAUCAUACUGUACAUACGCGCGAGAUCCACUUUGCUGUUCCAAAACUGCGCUCUGCUCAAUUGACCUUCACCAUAGACAUUCCGACUUUUCCCCAUCGAGUUAGUUUAUGCUUACUCAUUGCCUCCUCCAAGGUGCCCGACCACAGCAGUGCCUGGUGCCACCAUCCUUCACUUCGUCUUUGAAUUGAUAGAAUCUCAGUCUCAUGAAAGUAUUGAGAAUGCCUCUCGCUGCUAUCGGCCAAAUACGCUCUACAGCAUCCGUUUCUCACAACCUCAAGCUAUGUCAGAACCUAGUUCGCAAGGCUGCUGCAGCAGGAGCAGAUGCUUUGUUUCUCCCUGAAGCAUCAGAUUACAUAGCCAGCAGCCCCCAGCAGUCCCUCUCGCUGUGUCAACCCUUGAGAACUUCUUCCUUCGUUCUAGGUCUGCAGGACGCAGCAAAAGAGCACAGAAUAGCUGUCAACGUCGGUGUCCACGAACCCUCUUCGAACCCUUCAAAGAUCUACAAUACUCUUCUCUGGAUCACCCCAGAUGGUUCCAUCUCCCAGACCUACCGCAAACUUCACCUCUUCGACAUCCACCUCGCUGACGGAACAGUCAAUUUGCGGGAAUCUGCCUCAGUAUCUCCUGGAGAAGCACUCACUACUCCAUUCUCCACAGCUCUUGGCAACGUUGGCAUGCUCAUAUGUUUCGAUCUACGCUUUCCCGAGCCCAGUCUGGCCCUACGCAAUCGCGGUGCGCACAUCAUCACGUACCCAUCCGCAUUCACAGUUGCGACGGGCGAGGCGCACUGGGAGACGCUACUACGCGCUCGCGCUAUCGAGACACAGUGCUAUGUCAUCGCAUCGGCACAGGUUGGCGCUCACGAUGAAGAAGGGAAGAGGAAAAGUUGGGGUCAUGCGAUGAUCAUUGAUGCGUGGGGGAAAGUUGUAGCCAAGCUUGGAGGAGACGAGGAUGAAGGAGGGUUGGCGGUUGCAGAGGUGGAUUUGGGUUUAGUGGAGAGAAUACGCGGCGAGAUGAGUUUGAAGAGGCGGGAAGGAGUUUAUGGAAGUAUUGAAUGAUGUACUUCUAAUACUCUUCCAUCUUCUCAAACGCCCUCCGGUACUCCAAAUACCAUUCAAAACGACAACCGCACUCAUAGCUGACACCUGGAUCACUUCUCUUCAGUUGCUCUAGUUCGCCGCUCACACCUAGCCAGCUCUCCUACUCAACGGCUCUUCACACGAAUCCAUAAGUUUCCCUAUCUACGUGGCUACCCAUCACAACCACGUCACACCUACCAAACCUUCACAUCGUCAAACACUUCACCACCACCAACCUACAUAACCCCGCUCAUCUUCCACGCACUCUCACCUACCAAGUCACUUUCCAUCAAUAUUCCAUGAUCACAUGAUUUAUUAAGCUACCUUGUACCUUACAUACAACAUCCUGGUUACCGUCCAUCCAUCCGUCCAUCCCCACAUAACCCAAGAAAGAGCCAUGUUGCCAUCCCCACCCCUCCAAGUCCCCUCAUUAUAUCCCUCCACCCAGCAUUUCCACGAAAUAAUGCGCGGCUUCAAAGACGAAGACUCAAUCCUCCACGUCUUCCACGUCAAAGCCCUCAUCCUCUCACAGCUCCGCGCGUUCCCUCCUCCAUCUGACAUCACUCCCCCAGCAUCUUCCCCAUCCUCAUCCUCCUCAACCGCACU